UCCUUUCAAACAUUACCUCCGCGACCACUGGUGAAAUUUACAUUUUCAAGAAACCACAACGCGAAAGGAACAAAAGGUCAGGAUCCAUCCCAAUGGCCGAGUGUUGCAAAAGCUACUCAGGAAGCUAAUUUGUUCCGUUAUUACUACCUUCCUUACUUAUACAGUAUAUUUUUUGAUGUUUCAAUGUAUGGCGGUACUGUCGUUCGACCAGUGUUCUUCGAGUUUACCACAGAUCCAGAAACUCACCAUAUUUGGGAUCAGUUCAUGUGGGGGAACGCAAUGAUGAUUAUUCCUGUGUAUCAGCAAGGUGUCGCAGAAGUAUCUGGUUAUCUGCCCUAUACGACACCAUGGUACUCACUUCGAAAUUCCGAUUACGCGACACUACCAAAACCUGGUUACAAUAUAUUUAGCGCACCAACGAAUGACCUUAUUCCUGUUUUUGCGCGAGGAGGUGUUAUAAUUCCGCGUCAGAGACCAAAUACAACAACCGUAACUUCCAGACAAAAUCCGCUUGAGCUGCUCAUAACAAUCGGUUUGUUUUUCUCAGAUAGUAUCUGUUCAGAUUUUGAUAAAAUUGAUGGACCUGCAAAAUCAGCGGGCACACUUUAUUGGGAUGACGGUGAAAGCAUUGUCCAGGACUUCGAAAAUUAUAACUAUUUCCAGUGGGUGUUCGAAUUUGUUCAUACUUCUGAGAGAGCUGCUUUGUACAUAACGCCAAAGCGUACUGCUAAAGGAUUAACGGUGCCGAGCAUUGAUAUUUUGGAUAUCAUUGGCUAUCAUUACAAAGCGGAUUUAGAUGAAGCUAUGCUGAAUGGAAAGCCUGCAAAAAUUUCCUUACAAACAUCGCAUUAUGAUAGCCUAAGGAGUCGGCUACUGAUAAAAACGACGAAUCUGUUGGAAAUUGGAAAAGCAGCCCCCGGAAGCAAGUUGACGCUUUCCUGGCCACAUCAAGAGACAGGAUUUUGCGACGAAUAUCUAUGCUAA